UAUUGACAAACGUUUAUUUUUUCAGGUUCAAUGUCUGUAAAUUCUUUGCUUUUAUUUCAAAUUUUAACAAGCGCCAGCCAUAGCCAUUUUAUUGGCUCGCCCCUCCCGCUAACUGCAGGAAGACCUCUUCCCCCGGCGCAGGAAAUUCGUGCUCCACCGAGACAAUAUACUUUCAUAGUUCGAAUUGAUCUACGUCGGCAACCAAUAUGUGUAGGAGCAAUGAUAAGUGCAAUGCUGGUCCUUACAUCAGCAGAAUGCCUAGUGGAUUACUGGCCCCAAGAAAAACAAAACAUCGAAGUAAUUGCCGGGGAAGCAAUGACGUCUCCAAAUUCAAGUUCUUCUUUAACGAUUCGACGACGCAUACGACGAAUUUCAGUUUAUUAUAAGUACAAGAAAGGUGUCCGCGCAUUCGAUGCAGCCCUUUUGUUUCUUGGCAAGGUCGAGAAUGGCAACCAGUGGUUUAAAACUAUCAAUGUGAGGCGGAGAAGGGUUGAGGACGGAGCUAUUUGUGAAGUAUUGGGUAUUGGAAUCGAAAGAGAACGCUCUAAGGGGACCUACGAUUAUGCACUCAGAAUUACAUAUGUAUAUGUGUACGACGCGUAUUGGUGCUACUCAAUAUUUCAUGUCCAACUCUAUAAUCACCAGUUCUGCUCAUCGAGGCCUCUGGGAUAUGCUAAGGAGUUCGCUUUUGAUAAGGGAAGCGCAGUGAUCUGUGAUGGGAAAUUAGUUGGCAUUGAUUCGCUAUACUAUAAUCGAUCGAACUAUCUAUUGCCGGAAGUUUACUUUUCCGUUCGUUUCUUUUGGCAAUUUUUGCUCAGUUCAGUAGAGGGCAAGGAAUUACAAGCUACCCAUGUUUACGUAGAUAGUAAGUGUUUUUUUCUACUUUUGAUUUUAUCAGAGAAUAUGAGAAUUUUGUUUUAAUAAAGUGUAUCAAGGAGCCUGA